UGCAAGGAAUUUACUUAGAAAUUUGCUGAAGAUGUUAGAAACCAGAACAUCGGUGCUGUCACACCAGGCUUUGGUUUUAUGGCCCGACUAAGAGAAAGUAUGGAAGCUAUUCUUCCCCCUAAUGCUCACAAGAUAGCAGAGAAUCCACUCUGAGUAUCUAUCACUAAAACUAAAACGAGAGAAAAUUGCUUGGUUUCACAGUUUUCCUCCAGGGAGGACCUCAUUAAGGUCCUCCUAGCAAGCGGUUUUGUACCAGUUUAAGUAGAAUUGAAAGCAGUAGAAUAUAAAGGAGAGUUGUCUGUGACUAACCUGGUAAGACUCACUCAAGCACUUUUCCAUCCAUGUUAGAAGAAAAUGGAAUCCUUAUAUCAAGACAAAUUCAUUGAUGCUGUGAAGUUUUUUAAAAAAAAAAACUGAUUUGAAUAG